AUGAUAAUACAACCUAGAUACUCAUAAAAGAUGGCUGAUACAUUCUCUAAUAGUAAGGACUUUUACUCAUUUCAUCAAAAAUAAUUCAUGGCUUCAAAACCAUAAGCACAACGUUUGGAACAUUUAUCUAUCUCGCAAAGAACUAAAAUUCAAUCAAGCAAAGAUAGAACAAGUUCUGAAAUUUUAACAGCUUUUAUUAAUAGAGGAAUGCUUUCCACUUAAUAAAAAGUGUCAACUACAAAACCUUAUGAAAAUUCAUCAAGUAUUUUAAUAAAGUAGAGUUAUGAUGAAAAAAUAACUAGAGAAGAUUUACUGACAUAAUAGGCUCUAUAAACCAUAGAGGAUUUGGAAAAAAGUAAUAAAUGAUAAUGAAUAGUAUAGGUAAGAAAAUUCUUCCACCUUUGAGAUUAUAUGCUGAUAAAUUAAAACUCAAAGAGAGACAGAACUAAUCAAAAGAAAAAGUAGAAACCUUUAAAAGUUCCCUCAUUGAAACGUAAGCUUUAUAUAUUAUAAUAAGUCCAACCAUAUAAAGGACAAUUGUGAGAAAGAAUAGAGGAUUUAUGUAAGGUGAAUAAAAGUCAACAUAUGAAAAUGAACAAAGUAUUUAAAAGAUGGGAAGAACUUCAUCUACACCUUUAAUGUAAAAAUCAAAAGAAGAUAAGGAAGAAUAAGCAACAAGUAGAUCUGGAACUCCUUAAAAAGAAACUUCAAAUGUUAGUCCAAUAAAGAAUCCUCAAAAGAGUUUAACAAAAUAAUUGAGUAUAUAUACUCCUUAAUAAAAAACAAUUAAAGAUAAGAAAUUACAUAGUGCUUUACAUUUAUCAUAACCAUAAUAACAACAACAAUAAUAAUAAUAAUAUCCUAUCUAAAUUGAUAAAAAAAUAAUUCCAAGAAAAAAAAAGAAAUAAAAUUAAGUUAAUAUUAUUCAGUAAUAGAAUAUAUAAAAAGAGAAGUUGACUUUACGUCAUACAUCAUAUCGUUGUUUUUUGAAUAAGAUCAAUUUUUCAAAUAAUUAAUGCAUAUCUUGUCCCAAUAAAUUAGAAGUCCCAGCCUAUUAUUAUUAUGUAGGUCUUGGAAAUAAUGGAAGCUUAGUCAAAAAUAUAUUUCGUUAAAGAUGGUGGUGGUCUGAAGUAGAAACUUUAGAUACAACAAAAGUUAAUAUGUCAUGGACAUAAUUGAAAUAGAAUAUUUGUAUUGAAUAAUUACAUCCUUAUAAUAUGGAUUCAGGAGCUUAGAGUUCAGAUUCUGUUAUUUUGAGUUAUGAGGAAACCAUUGGAGAUACAAGUGAUUCAGAUAUUGAUGUAAGACCCAAAUAAUUGAGCAUAACUGGAGGAAAUCAUAAAUAGUAGAGUUCUUCUUAGCAUCAAUAAAAGAAACCUCCAAAUUAUUAUUCAAUGAAAAGAAUAUUAAAUGCUUAAGAUCUAUAGAAGUUAGUCAAUUAUAUGGAAGAAAUUAAUUGUUUUGAUAGUUAAUUGAUAUUUAGUGAUUGUACUGAAAAAUUAUUAAAGGAUAUUAAAUAAUAUAGUACUAUUUAAAGACUUGAUAGUAGAAACUAAAAGAUGCAUAAUCAUAUGGAAGAUAAUUGGCAUUUAGGUAAUAAAAAGGCUUUGUUUUAUAAUAUGAGACAUUAUUUUUAAAUAAUUAAAGAAGAUUAUAACAAAUUGUUACCUGUAACAUUUCAUGUUCAAAAAGGAUUAAGUGAUAUUGAAUAUUCAAGAUUUUUGGAUUAUUAUAACAAAAGAAAUGAAGAACUUAGAGAAAUUGAAAAGAAUAGAGAUAGAAAAGAUAAAAAGAAAUUACCCCUUAAUCUUUGGAUAAUAAAACCAGGAGAAUUGACUAAUAGAGGUAAUGGUAUUACUGUUUGUAAUGAUCUAAAUGAAAUAAAUAAAAUUAUAAGUGAAGAAAUUUAAGAAGGUAGAUAAAGAACCUAUAUUGUUUAAUAAUAUAUUGAUAAUCCUUUUUUGUAUAAUAAACGAAAAUUUGAUAUCAGAUGCUAUAUGUUACUGACUUCUUAAAAUGGAAUAUUUAAAGGUUAUUGGUAUUAAGAAGGAUAUAUAAGAACAUCGUCUAAAGAAUUUACUACUAAAUGUUUAGAUAGAUUUGUUCAUUUGACAAAUGAUGCAGUUUAAUCAAAAGAUUAAGAUUAUGGUAAGCAUGAACCAGGCAAUAAGAUUUCUUAUUUAGAGUUCUAAAGAUAUGUUGAAUGUAAUUAUUCAAAUUCUAAAUUCAAUUUUUUUAUUGAUAUUUAUCCCAAAAUGAGAUCUGCAGCCUUGGAUAUGAUGAAGGCAACUUAUGGUAAAAUAGACCCUCAUAGAAGAAUUAAUAGUUUUGAGGUAUUAAAAUUUAUUAAAUAAUUUAUUAGUUAUAUGGAUUAGAUUUUAUGAUAGAUGAGAAUUUUAAAUUAUGGUUAAUUGAAGCCAAUACUAAUCCAUGUCUUGAAUAAUCUUGUCCUCUUCUUAGUAGAAUAAUACCAACUAUGGUAGAAAAUCUAUUUAGGAUCGCUGUUGAUCCAAUUUUCCCUCCUCCAUUUUUUGAAGAAUGGCCUUAAAAUAAAAAAUUAUUUAUUCCUGAUAAUGUAAUUGAAAACAAUAAAUUCGAACUUAUUUUUGAUGAAUUAAUAGAAAAGAAAAACAUGCUUAGUUUGUUUCGAGACAAUAAAAUUGAAUAAGAAUGUUUUGAUAUUGAAGAAGAAGAAGAGGAAGAAGAAAAAGAUUGA